CCUGCGGAAGGCGAGAGCAUCAGCCUCAAUCACGCCAGAGAACAGACUCUUGAGGCCGAUCACAACCACAUCAUUGAGCGAAUCAAUAUACAACUACCGCCAGGAACAUGGCCGCACGUAUCACGAAGACUGCAUCUAGCGCCUCUGGAGAAGCCCAGACAUGCUCUCGAUAUCGGAACCGGAACUGGAAUCUGGGCUAUGGACUUCGAUUAUCAGCUCAAACACUCACUGAUGGUUCCCAAGNNCGUCCCACCGAACUUGAAGUAUAUCGUCGAUGAUGCGGAAGAACUCUGGGUGUACGAUCAUCGGUUUGACUACGUUCAUUGCAGGCUCAUGGCCGGAUGUUUCGCGGAUCCAGAGAAACUAAUCCAGCAAGCGUUUGAGUAA